AUGGGAUUUAAUAACACGAUACUCAAGUCUAGAUCGCCUGCUUCGGAUAACUGCAAGAUGCCAACGAAUGACAAAACUUUGUCUCAAGACGUCUUGAGUUGCAUUAAGAGAUCCAAUUACACCAAAUGUGUUGAGCGACGCCGAAAUUUACUGGACAAAGAAUGUUCAGCAAGACUUCCAAAAUCGAGUGCCCUUAUUCGGCUUCUCCCAUUUAUUGAUUCUAAAGGCUUAUUACGUGUGCGUGGACGACUACACAACGCAUCCUUAGAUUGCAUCACCAAGCAACCAUACAUAAUUCCAAAGAAUUCUCCGCUGACAACUCUAAUUAUUCAGAAGGCUCACAAAGAAACUCUCCAUGGAUCCACUCAGGACACUCUUAACUAUAUCCGCAAUAAGUUCUGGAUUCUUGGAGGAAGAGCACCUGUUCGAUCAUUUAUUCUCAAAUGCGUUGUCUGCACCAGAUAUCGACGCUCUCUAGCUAAACAGAUAAUGGGCCAGCUUCCAGCUUCUAGAGUAACUCCUUCUCGAGCCUUUCUACACUCUGGAGUUGAUUAUGCUGGACCUUUUACCCUCAAGACAUGGAAAGAUAGAGCCGCUCGCACUUACAAGUCCUGGAUUGCGGUAUUCGUCUGCUACUCAACGACAGCUAUUCAUCUUGAAAUCGUAACGGAUUACACAACUGAUGCAUUUCUUGCUGCAUACAAAAGCUCAAAUGAAAAAGAAGAUAUUGAUCAAGAUCAUUUAGUCAGCGAAAAUGAACAAGGAAAAGAUGCACCUUGUGCAGCGCUGGAUUUACCAAGGGGCACGGCGGGGCUAGUGCCCCAGGCUCCAGGGGGCCGAGGGGCCCCUGACCCUAGAAAAUAA